GGUAAGUCCAAAAAUAUUCGGAACGCCAAUGACGUGUAUGGAUUUAAUGUAAACAAUGUGCGAAAGAUUGCGAUCACCGGGGCUGCCUCCGGGAUGGGCCUCGCGACAGCGAAACUUCUUGCUUCUCGAGGAGCGAUCGUGUCAUUAGCGGAUAUUAACGAAGCGGCUUUGAAGACUGCGACCGAAUCCCUGACGGGGAGCGAGAGGCACAUGUACUCGGUGACCGACGUGAGAAAUAGCAAAUCGGUUGAUAGAUGGAUUUCCUCGACCGUGGAGAAGCUUGGUAAACUUGAUGGCGCAGUCAACAUGGCCGGCGUAAUUAGCCCAGCUAAGUCCAUCACCGAGGAGACCGAUGAGACAUGGGAUUUCAACUUUGCCGUGAAUGCCCGCGGUAUAUUUUUCUGUCUGAGGGCCCAACUACGAGAAAUGGGACCGGGUGGUAGCAUUGUAUCUACAGCCAGCGUGUUCGGUCAAAUGGGCUCACCGGGUGUCGCGCCGUAUUGCGCAAGCAAAGCUGCAGUAAUAGGACUGACCAGGACGGCUGCAAAGGAGAACAAAGACAUUCGAGUCAACUGCGUUUCCCCAGGAUCUGUGAAUACCCCCAUGUCCCAAGGUGAGAACCCAGAAGAUGUCAAAAGAGGCUUGCAGGUCACUGCCCAGAAACGACGAGCAGAACCAAUCGAAGUUGCCAAUGUAAUUGCAUUUCUGUUGAGUGAUGAUGCAUCAUUCGUAACAGGCGCAGUCUAUAAUGUGGACGGUGGAUGGAUCUGUUGA